AUGGUUGUGCUUCCUGCCUGCACGGAGAACGAGGAUGGAGACGCUGAUGCGGAGAAGGUGGAGUCGAGUAGCAUCGUGUGUGACAUUUGUGGCAAAGUGAUGAAGUGUAAGUCCAGUCUGGCGCGCCACUCCUUCAUCCACACAGGCCAGAAACCGUACACCUGCAGCCUGUGCGACCUGCGCUUCAACCGCCGAGACAACUUGCAGCACCACCUCAACCACCUGCACCCUAACGGCGUGCUUAAAGUAGAGAAGCUGCGCGCCAAUGAGCAGUCCUGGCUGUGCGCCAUCUGCGGGAAAACCUUCAACUGCAGGUCCAGGCUGAAGACGCACGAGGUCAUCCACUCCGGCGUCAAACCUCACUGCUGCGACCUCUGCCCCAAAGCAUACAUGAGGGUCAAUGACCUGGAGCACCACAAGAAGAUCGUCCAUGCUGAUGGGGCCGCCAGGCCCCCGAGGCCGUGCUCUCUGCUGUGCGAUCUGUGCGGCAGAGAGUUCAAAAGUAAGUCACAGCUGAGUGUCCACUACCAGACGCACACAGGCGAGCGGCCGCACCACUGUGACACCUGUGGACGCAAAUUCGCCCGCACGUACCAGCUCAAACGCCAUAAGAUUCUCAUUCACAGCGGCAGCGUGGAGGCUGAGCAGAGCUAUCUCGGCAACACGUCUCUGACCUGCACGGUGUGCGGCAAGCGGCUGAAGUCGGAGGCACACCUCGCCAGUCACGCUCAUGUUCACUCGGGCGAUAAACCAUACCGCUGCUCCUUCUGUUUGCGCGGCUUCCAUUGCCGCAUCUCCCUCCAGCAGCAUCACGCCCGCAUGCACCAGAAGCUUAAAGUCAGUGAGGGGCCGCUGCUCGCUAGCGGCUGCAAGAGGAGCCCGUCAGCGCCCAAACUCUUCCCGUGCUUGAACUGUGGCAAAGUGUUUAAGUUCAAGUCACUGCUGGCAAGUCACUCUGUAAUUCACAGCGACCUCCGACCUCACGCCUGUGAAUUCUGCAGCCGCCGCUUCCGACGACUCAGUCACCUGAAGAGGCACCGUGAGGUCGUGCACGACAACGGCGCCAGACUUCCUCAGAGUUUUGUCUGUCACAUCUGUGGCAAAGACAAGAAGUGCAAGUCUCAGCUGGAGCGCCACAUUAUCAUCCACACAGGCGAGCGGCCGUACGGCUGCGACCUGUGCACCGCCCGCUUCAACCGCCACGGAAACCUCAAACAGCACAAGAAGCGCAUGCACGGUGUGGUGGAGCCGCCCUCUGAGGAAGCCCCGCCCAUGUUUUCUGACGAAGAUGGAGACUUGACAUACAAACAGGAAGAAACAGUCAUCGCCGUCAAUGAUUCGGAGCCGCAAGUGCGGGAAGAGGUCGUAUCGUGA